CUAAAAUGACCACAUUAGUUUGUUUUACAUAUUUUAAGCUCAAAUAAAAAGUACUCCCAAUAAAACCAUUUGUGGAAUCCAAAUUUCGUUUUUAGGGAAACGGCGUCGUGAAAUGAAUUUCUUAAGUUGCCCAGCAAACUAACCAACCCACUUUCUCCAGUCUUCUGUCAAGAUGAUUGUAGGUGUGGAAGAGAUGUCAUUGGAAGCUAAAGCAUUGGGACACUCUGGAAUUGCCGGAGCAGUGCCUCUCUCAUUCCGUCGCUCUUUUUCUUCAUUCCCCACUCGUUUGUCGUUCCACACUGCCGUUCCUCCCCAAACCCGCCGAUUCCAAUCCUUGGCGGUUAUUAAGAGAAGUCCUAAACGCCUCAAAUACUCGGCUCCUCGCUUAACUAAGGAAGAUGGAUUGCUCUAUGUUCAAGUUGAUCAAUUUGGCUCGGAUUCUUGGAAGUUGGAUCCAGUUGUUGAACUUCUUAAAGGAGGAGCUGUUGGAGUCAUUCCCACUGACACUCUGUAUGCAAUAGUUUGUGAUCUGAGCAGUCAUUCAGCCAUUGAACGUCUUCGUAGAAUAAAAGAGAUAGAACCUUCAAAGCCCCUAAGUAUCAUUUGUCGAUCUUUCCGCGACAUAGAUACAUAUACAACUGGAUUUCCCCGUGGUAAUGCCCAAGGUCUUACAGACAUUUUUCGAGCAGUCAAGCACUGUCUACCUGGUCCUUACACUUUCAUCUUAACUGCUAGCAAACAGCUACCAAAACAAUGCACGAGAUACGGGUCUGCAACUUCCAAAUAUGCUUCAAGGAAAAAUGUUGGUGUUCGUAUACCUGAUGAUCCUGUCUGUCAAGCAAUUCUAGAAAAGUUGGAUAGACCUCUAAUAUCCACAAGCGUCAAGUCACCAAAGGAGGAUGAGUGGAUACUGGAUCCCGUCAUUAUUGCUGAUGUAUAUGGUCCAGAGGGACUUGAUUUUGUUGUUGAUGCGGGUGUUCGAGUGGCUGAUCCGUCUACUGUAGUUGAUAUGACUGAAAGUGCUCCUAGAAUUAUACGGCAGGGAAAGGGUCCUAAGCAGCCUUGGAUGAUAGCGGAAGAUGAUGAUUCUCCUGUAGAUGAAUAGAAUCCGUUGUUGCCGCUGUUUAAGUAAGAAGUACUGCUUAAAAUGUACACUUCCUCAAGCCAGAGCUCUUGUACAGCGCACAGAUAAGAUGGUGAAUCCCUCGCUUGAUCUUGAACAGUCUUUUAGUCUUCAUUAGUGUAGAUUGCUGUAAAUACUUAACGUGGUAAAUCAAGAAUCACAUGUAAUAUUUUGCUUGUGUAAACUUUAAAGCAUGUUAUGAUCACUCUCUCUUAUUCUUGCCCUAUGGUAA